AUGCAAGAAUACACAAUCAAGGAGGUCGCUGAGCACAACAGCCCUCAAGAUGCAUGGCUAAUCAUCCACGGCCAAGUCUACGAUGUCACAAAAUACGUCCCAGAUCACCCAGGCGGUCCAGAUGUCCUCACAGAAGCAGCCGGCACUGACGCCAGUGAAGACUUUGACAACGCUGGUCACUCUGAAGACGCCUUUGAGAUCAUGAAAGAUUUGUGUGUCGGCAAGAUCAAAGGAUUCGAGGCGAAAAAACCGAAACGCAAGCCUCUCGCCCCAGCCGCUCCUCCUAAGACUCAGACCAGUGGGUCAUCGUCAUUGUCGACAUUGGCAAACCUCGGCUUCGUCGCGGUCGCUGGUGCAGGAGUAUACUACCUUGGCCACCAUCAUGGAGUCACCAUGCCAAGCUGGGUGGUCUCGUCUAUGCGCAAUGACUCCGCUGGGUCGGGCUUCAUCAAAGGUGUGAUCGUCGGUAGUGGAUCGUUCGCAAUCGCCAAUGCAGUGAUGGCGCAGAAGUUUACGGCUUUGGCUAUGAAGAGCAAAUCAUUCACAAGCUAUCCAGCUCAUAUGAAGAUUCACAAAAACAUUCAAGAAGAUACCUUGCUACAAAGAGGAUUACUGGAUCCAGUCACAUACUCGCCGCUUCCUCUCAAAGAGAAGAAGCUCAUCGCACCAAAUGUCUAUCGAUUGACCUUUACCCUUCCGACUACAAGCACUAUCCUUGGACUGCCCAUUGGCCAGCACGUCACUAUCAAGGGCGAUGUCAACGGAGAGAGUGUCGCUCGAUCAUAUACACCAGUUUCCAACAAUUCUGACCUCGGUAUUCUUGAGCUCGUCAUCAAGGUUUACCCCGAUGGCAAAUUGACAAAUGGCUACUUGGCUGGUCUCGAGGUCGGUGAUGAGGUUCUCUUCAGAGGGCCCAAAGGCGCAAUGAGAUACCAGCCCAACCUUUGCAAGAAGAUUGGCAUGAUUGCUGGUGGCACUGGUAUCACCCCUAUGUUCCAGGUCAUCCGCGCCAUCUGCGAACACGACCGCGACACCACAGAAGUAUCUCUCCUCUACGCCAACAGGUCCGAGCAAGAUAUUCUUCUUCGGAAUGAGCUAGAUACUUUUGCCCGAAGAUAUCCCAAGAACUUCAAGGUGUAUUAUCUACUUGAUCAACCGCCGGAGGAUUGGAAGUUUGGUUCUGGGUACGUGACAAAGGAGUUGAUGCAAGAGAGACUUCCUGCAGCAACUGUGAACUCCAAGGUGUUCUUGUGUGGCCCUCCAGGAAUGGUGAAUGCAUCAAAGAAGUCACUCGUUGACUUGGGAUUCCAACAGCCAGGAGCUUCGGCCAAGGUUACGGAUCAGAUCUUCUCAUUUUAG